CUCUGUAACUGCCGGCAACACUGGUUAUCUCCCUUCGCCCCGCUUGCUUCCCAAUCCAAAUACGACGACAGGCAACAGAACCAGUGACAGUUGCAAAUCAGUAACGGAACUAUAAAGAACAUACCAAGUGAUAAUAUUUUAAUGCCAACCAAAGUUUGAGGACUCAACAGAAUCCUGGACUAUUAGAAGAUUAAGGGCCCUUAAGAAGCCUAAGCCUCCAAAUGCCAUGGUAUUCCUCUCUCUUCUGAAUCUUGAAACUUAAGGAACCAAAGUCCAAAGUCUAAGCCGUUUCAGGUGUAUCCCAUCAACGGAACCAGUAUGUUUGGAGCGAAACCCUUCUAUGGCAAUGAGGAAAACAAAUGGGGAUGGCUGUUGGUGAUGGCAGCAUUCUUCAACCAAAUGAUUGCUGUUGGUGGAGGAUUUUCUCUUGGGAUUUACCAUUUGGAAUUUAGAAAAUAUUUCCAAGGAACCUCAGCUGAAGUGUCUCUUGUCAGUUCUAUUUGCAUUGGAAGUCUCAUGGGUGCCGGUCCUAUUGUUAGCUAUUUGGUUACCAAAUUUGAUUCCGGUCUUGUGACAAUACUUGGAGCCAUUCUUUCCACUGCCAGUAUGAUUGGAGCAAUAUUUUGUGAAAAAUUAAUAUUGCUCUACAUAACAUUUGGAUUCUUGACAGGUUUUGGUCUCUGUAUGUCUUACCUGCCGUCCACAAUCCUUGUUGGUCUCUACUUCAAGCAGUAUUGCAGUCUGGCCACAGGCAUGAUCUCAAUCGGCAUCGGUCUUGGAGAACUGGUGUUUCCAUUUCUUUACACAUACAUCAUCAAUGUUUUCACAUGGAAGGGCUCACUCUUCAUCCUCGCUGGUAUAUUCCUCAACAUGUGCAUGCCGGCAUUUUUGAUCCGUCCUCUUUCGAAUUAUGAGGAGAAAUUUGCACCAGAACCCCUGGAAAUUGUGAAAAAGGACUUUUCAGAAUUGAACAAAGAGCUGCAAACAAUCAUCAUCCCAGACACACACACCACAAAUGAACAACCAAAAAGUCUGCGACUAUUCGGAAACAUAAAAUUUUCUGUAUAUUUUCUCAAUAUAUUACUAUGGAAUGCCGGUACCAUUAUCUUGUAUUUCCAAGGUCUUGAAUUUCUUCAAGAUGAAAUUGGAUAUAACAAAGAGACAAUUAGUUCCAUAAUGUCUGCCGUUGGUAUAGGUAAUGUAUUUGGCAGUUUAUUUGGUGGCAUUCUUGGGAAUGUCUCAUGUUGUGACAAAGUCAUCAUCUAUGCUAUAUUCCAUCUGGUUAAUGGAUUAUCAGCAAUAUUAUUUGUUUAUGUAAAUCGGUAUAAAACUUUUAUAUUCCUUGCAAUCAUAUUUGGGCUGACAUUGGGUGGAAUCCUAGGCAUUAUGUAUGUGAUUGCUGUAGAAUUGGUUUCCCAUAAAUCGUCAAGUAUAGAGAAAGUCAGAGCUGAUUGGACUACUGUUGCAGGAUACGUAAUGCUAGCCAAUGGAAUUGGAUGUUUCCUUGGGCCACCAUUUGGAGGCUGGUUACAUGAUAUCACUGGCAGCUACACCCUUCCAUUAUACGCAUGUGGGGGGAUAACAAUUUUUGGGGGGUUCACCAUGCUUCUGCUCAAGCUGGUUGUUUCUGGAGGCGCUUCUUGGUCAUCACUGUUUAUAAAUACCAUUACUGCAGAUUAACAUUAAUUCUUGGCUCCGUGGACCUAAUGUAUUAGCCAUGGUGUGAUUUAUAACACAUGUGUGCAAGGGGUCCUCAAACUGGAUGACGUGCAGCCCAUUAUCAUAGUAGUUGCAGAAUUCUCCAGAAUUCUUACACAACCAAACCAAAGCUGAAACAUAACCAUGUUGUUCAAAGAGUAUAGAAAGUAGAAAACAAAUAUAUAUACCCUGUAUAUUAUAUAUAUAUAUACAUACAUAUCAUAUAUCUAUAUAUACAUAUCUAUCUAUCUAUAUGUAUAUCUAUAUAGGUAUCUCAACAUAUUAAUCACAAUAGAUUUACCUCAAAUGUAGUCAUCAUUGCAAAUGACUUAAUACCUGAGGUUGUAUACCUGAGGCUGUAUACCUGAGGUUGUAUACCUGGGAUCGUACACCUAACCUGCUAAGUAGAAACACUAUUCUGCUGUACAGAUAAAAGCAUUGUUUAGUAACCUUACCAUUCAGAAAACUCACUAGUGAAAACAAGCUUUGGUUGGUAGAACUGCUAGACAAGCAUUUCAUGUUUUCUGUCUUUCUGUAACAGUAUUUUUCCAAUCUCAAUAUGCAUGACUAUUGCAAUGCCAAUUAGAGCAUAGACAUGCUUCAUUAGUUGACUCAUUAGAGUUUACUUAUAAAUUCUUAGUACUCAAAGAAACAGUUCCGUCGUUAUAACGAAGUAGUUUUCGGUAACUUGUAACAGGAAUCCUGCUUCUUUGGGAACUGCAAAGAUUAUCAAUACUUAUAUUUAUGUACAUAUAUCUUUAUAUAUGCAUGUCGGUUUGUAUAUGAAUAUAAUAAUAUAAAUA